AUGACGAGUUCAAGGGGAAACGGCGAUAGAGAUGAGAUGGUACCCAGGGGUCAAGAGGAGCUCAUACAAUACCAGGGAUACAGAGACUGGACUGAGCAACAAGUCUUACUCAAUGCCGAUGAAUUCAUUACCAAAUAUGAGUUACACGAUCUUCGUGAUAUUCUGAGAAAGGGUGCUCUUCUUGCUCACGACCCAACCAAUGCUUCCUAUGCUAAGGGAUUGGAGCAAGAUCCGCCCAUUCUCGCUAACACUAUUGCUGCUCGACCGCCCUCCUUUCGACGUAUGCUGCAGUUUUGGUUCUUUGUCGUGGCGGCUGGGACUUGUAAUGGCUAUGAUCCCGACGCAAUACAAUGGGUUUAUGUGAUGCCAUAUCUAGCCGGUUCCAUAUUCACAGCCCUGCUAAGCCGAUGUCUUACGUCGCGCAAUAUUAUGCUCACUUUUGGGGCUAUCGGCCUCAUUCGGUCCAUAGUCGAUGUCCUGUGGCUUGAUAUGUCUAGUGACUUGCAGAUAAAAGCCCAUAAAUUGUUCUUACUUGGUUUGGGGGCAGUCCAGAUGUGUACGGCACCAGUCAAUUUGGCCGAGAUAAGCGAGCCGGGCUACGAGGCUAUCUGA